AUGUCUGAGCAGCAUGUUGUUUCCCUUAAGGAAGGGAAACAACAUGCUGUUCUAAUACAUUUUAAGGGAAACAACAUGUCUGAGCAACAACAUCUAGUCGAAAAGGAUUCAGAAGCAGCCAUAGUAUUGUUUUGGAAGGCAAUAUAUGCAGGAGAUAGAGUGGAGAGUGCCCUAAAAGACAUGGCUGUAGUGAUGAAGCAACUUGAUAGAACUGAAGAAGCCAUUGAAGCGAUAAAGUCUUUCAAAGGCCAUUGCUCCAAACAAGCCCAGGAAUCCCUCGAUAACGUUCUCAUUGAUCUAUACAAGAAGUGUGGAAAAAUAGAGGAGCAGAUUGAUCUGAUAAAGCGGAAGCUAAGACUAAUCUACCAAGGCGAAGCCUUCAAUGGAAAACCCACAAAGACUGCACGCUCUCAUGGCAAAAAGUUUCAAGUCUCCAUCACACAAGAAACUUCAAGAUUAUUGGGAAAUUUGGGUUGGGCGUACAUGAAGAAAUCAAACUUUAUGAUGGCAGAGGUGGUAUACCAGAAAGCACAGAUGAUCAAUCCAGAUGCCAAUAAGGCUUGUAAUUUGGUAUUUUGCCUGAUCAAACUGGCUCGAUAUGAUGAAGCAUUUUCUAUUAUUCAAGAUGUUUUACAAGGUAGACUUCCAGAUUCAAAUGAAUGCAAGUCAAGGAAACGAGCCCAGGAACUGAUAAUGGAGCUUAAAUCCAGAUGCCACCCUUCACUACCGUUAAUGGAGUCAUCAGAUGAUCAUGAUCAUAUAGUAGUACCAGGCCUUGAUGAUGAUUUUAUUAAAGGACUUGAGCAGUUGAUGAAUGAAUGGGGUCCAUUGAGAUCAAAGAGACUGCCCAUCUUUGAAGAGAUCUCUCCCUUUAGCUAGGAAUGAUGAGCUCUCAUGUUAGAUAAUAUUUGUUUCUUUUUUACUUGUUCAUAAGGGGUUUCAGAUUGUGGUUUGUGGGAGAGGGGGGGCUGAGAAUAGUUAUUUCUGGGUAGAAUAGUAUAAGGUUCUAUUGAAAAUAAAUGGGCGAAAAGAAAGACUAUGAGGCUUGUUCUGCACAAUGUAUUCUCCACGCAGUAGUUGUUUGGGAAACCAAUCACCAACCUGUUUUGGGUUUCGACAAAAUUGGCUUUUCUUCCAAGUAGAAAGGAAUAUAUAUGUAUACAUAUAGAAAACCUGGUAAGAUGAAGAAUUCUGAUUAUCAUGACUGAAAUCUUCAUUAUUUAGGCAGUUGAAAAAAUCUGCCUUUAUUAAUGGCGCCUCCCACUUGUGAAGUUUACAAAUGGACAGAGGUAAUUUGUCGUUAGGAUAAAUAUUUUUCGAAAUUAGUGUGCUAGUUACAAAUUUCUAAACACCAAAUCGAACUAGCUGAGGAGGUUGUUUACAGGCAUAUGAUAUUUGUUGCUUUGAGAGAAGAACUUGGAAUCUUGUAAUUUAUUUAAGGCACGAAUGCUUAUUAUAAGUUGGCUUCUGUGUCCAUUUGUUUUCUUG